CUGAAUUCAUGUUUCCAGGUGAUUCUUCCAGGGGGCGUGUCUUAUGCUGAGGUGGGCGGAGCCUCCGCAGUCAGUAAAGUGUGUAUUGUAGAAUUGGGCAGCGCUUCCAAUCAUCCAGAGGCCUGGCUGCUGCUUUGGGAGGAUGGAGUCAGCAUUCACCCUGUCCACAGAGAAUCCCAUGAGUCUCUCACAAUUGAUCUGGGCAUGCUCAGUCACCACGAAAUGGAUCCAUCUGAAAACAUCGUCACCAUGGGAACUGCAGAUAGGAGGGUGUCAUUGCGUUUCGAAGAGCAAUACAGCUGUCGGUCCUGGUUCACGUGUGUCAGACGAGAAACGCAGGUUUAAGGAGUACAGACGGUUACUACGGCAACUUCCUGAUGACAACCGAGCGACCCUGAAUGCCCUGUUUGGACACUUCUACAUGGUUCAGGUGUUCUCUCAGGUGAACAAGAUGUCGGCCCAUAACCUGGCUGUGGUCCUGGUCCCGUCCCUGUUCCAGGCCAUGAACCAGGACUUGAUCACCCUCACUAGAGAGUUCAUCAUCCACCACACCCUGCUCUUCCUCACCCCAGACUCGGCUCAGAGGCAGGAGCAGACCACUGUCUUCUGAUGAAGAUCAGCCCGUUUCUUUUAGCUUACUGUGAAUCUUUUGGGAUGUUGAGGAAACUGUUGUUAUUGAAAUCACUGACCAAUCACUGUCUACUUCCUGUUUCCUGUCAGUUGAACUACAGCUAUCAGAGAGAAUGAUUACUGUUGGCUCCCCCUGCUGGCUGCUCUUUACGGUGGUUGUUAAAUGAAUGUUAAUGUGAGGCUCUGCAGCUGAGCGGGGUGUACCACUGUGUAAGCUGAGCACUCACUUUAUGAAAUGUUAUCUUUAAAUCUGCAAAUAAUUCAUGAACUGAAUCUGAACAUUUAAUAAAAUCUGCAUUAAA